CUCCUCUUUCUGUGCCCCUGACUGCUCUUUAACUCUUUAAAAAGGAGCAAGCAGUGGAGGAAGGGGAGAAAGCACUCAUCUUGCUGAGGCUGGCAAGCAAAGCUGCACUCGUCUUCCCCUAAAAAAGGAACACAAAGUUUCGUCUCUGUGUUCUUUCUGGUGUUGUUGAUUUGAUGGAAACAGAGGCACAGGCUGUGGUGGCCAAGAGGUCAUCUGCCUCGCGGUUCAGAAGGGUGUGUGUCUUCUGUGGCAGCAGCCCCGGGAAGAAGGCCAGCUACCAGCUUGCAGCUACCCAGCUCGGGCAUGAAUUGGUCCAAAGGAACAUAGACUUGGUGUAUGGUGGGGGAAGCGUUGGCCUCAUGGGUCUCGUCUCCCAAGCUGUUCAUGAUGGCGGUCGUCAUGUCCUGGGAGUUAUUCCCAGGACUCUAAUGCCUAGAGAGAUCACAGGAGAGCCCGUAGGAGAGGUGAGGGCUGUCUCAGGAAUGCACCAAAGGAAGGCCGAGAUGGCCCGCCAAGCCGAUGCCUUUAUAGCUUUGCCCGGUGGCUAUGGAACCCUGGAAGAACUCCUGGAAGUGAUUACUUGGGCUCAGCUCGGGAUCCACGACAAGCCUGUGGGAUUGCUGAACGUUGACGGCUACUACAACUCGUUGCUCUCCUUCGUCGACAAGGCUGUGGACGAGGGAUUCGUCGCGCCCGCCGCACGCCACAUCAUCAUCUCUGCACACACUGCCCACGAGCUGUUGUCCAAGCUCGAGGAUUACGUGCCGAUGCAUGAAGGAGCCGCAGCGAAGCUGAGUUGGGGAGUGGAGCAGUUAGGGCACCCACCCAAAGUGGACAUCGCCCGUUGACCUCGGCCCCCCCCCCACUCCCUCCGGUACACGUUGACCAACCCUCGUUCCCGAGGCCAUUCUAAAUUUUAUUUCUCUCUUUCCUCUUUCUUCUGCUCACGUCGGUCACCGAUGCCCCUCCGGUUCAGCUUUUUUUUAACUGCUUUGGUUGUAGAAGUGGGUCCCACCGGUGACAUGCCCUCCUCACCUUCUGUUCCGGUGGUUGACUUUUUUGACCUCAGACCGUGGGGUCAGAUUAAAGUUGGAAUCACCCAACAGGAAGUCUUGUCUCCUUCUGUCGGUAACCCUUUUCUUCCUCUUGUUCUGAUUCCUCCUCCGCUCGUUAAUCUCCCAGCUUGAUGUGUAGAAAAAAGGUUCUUUGUUCUCGAGUGCACCACGAUGUAUUAUCCCGUUGUUUGUUUGUUUGUGAUGAAAUAAAAACCUGAGCCGAUGUUCCCAUCA